AUGGUCGGUAUUUACAGAAUACUCGCUUCUUUCCUCCCACUUCUGGGUCUUCUUUUUGCAUUCCAUGAUGAUGACAUGAUAGAUACUGUUACAAUCAUCGAUACUGUAUUCGAAACAGUGACAAUUACUUCAACUGCACCUGCACCUGCUGCCACAACAUCCGUUAGUGAAAAGAAAUUGGCUGACACUAAAUUGACACUUCAAGUAAUUCAAACUAUGGUAUCAUGUUUUUCCGUAGGUGAAAACCCAGCCAACAUGAUCUCUUGUGGGCUCGGUGUUGUAAUCCUAAUGUUUUCAUUGAUCAUCGAGCUUAUCAACAAACUCGAAAAUGAUGGUAUCAAUGAACCGCAAAAGUUAUAUGACCUCAUCAAACCAAAAUAUGUAGAAUUACCUUCGAACUAUGUGAACGAAAAAAUCAGAAGCACAUUUGAACCUCUCGACCUAUACUUGGGAGUAAAUAUGAAUACUUCAGGAAGUAGGCAAAACCAAAACUGUUUGAUUCUCAAACUCGGUGAGGAGUCGGCUUUGCCUUUCCCAGGUUUGGCCCAACAGGUUUGUUAUACAAAAGGUUCUUCAAAUGAAUUCACUGAUUAUAAAUUAUCAGAUAUACAGGGCAAUUUAAACGGAUUCAGACAAGGAAUUGCUAAUGAAGUUUUUAAAAAAAUAUCAAAUAUCAGAAAAAUAUCAGGUAAUUUUAAAUCUCAACUUUACCAAAUUUCAGAAAAAAUCACCGACGAAAAUUGGGACGGUUCUGCUAUUGGCUUCACUGCCCAUGGAAGAGAAAAAGGCCCAAACAAAUCCCAGAUAUCGGUUUCAUUUUAUAGGGAUAAUUAG